AUGCCCGGUGCGCUGCUGCUGCUGCUGCUGGCGCUGACCACCACCGGAGCCGACCCUCUGCGAAGAGCCGCCCCGACCAGCUCCACCUCCGCCGCCGCUACCUCCACCACCGCCUCCACCUCCACCACCUCCGCUCGCACCGCCACCGCCGCCGCCUCCUCCGCCUCCACUGCCGCCACUAGUGCCCCCACUCCCGCCACCACUCCCACCGCCACCCCCACCCCCUCCGCCGCCUCCACCGCCGCCUCCACCGCCCCCGCCAGCUCCUCCAGCGCCCUUGCCCCCCUUGCCCUUGCUUGA